AUGGGUGAUGAUAAUUUGAUGGAUGAGAAUCUGAUGGAUCUUGAUUUGAACCAAGAACCUUUGGACCCAGUUGUGAGAAUUGGAUCUUUUCUGAAUGAGUUGGGAACUCCCCAUGGUAGUAUAGAGGAGAGGAUUCGACAGCUUGAGGCUGUCACUGCACGCACUAGGCAGCGCCAGAGGUGGCGUCAAGCACGAAAUUCUAGGGGAAUCAGUCCGUUUUCUGGCCAGCGGACAGUUAACGUGGAUGGGGAGAUAGGUGGUCUUGAUGGAGUAGAUAGUGUUAAUGUCUUAGAAAGGACUGGUGAGAGGGAAAGAGGUUGUAAAAGGGAUAGUUCCCAUUUGGUGGCAAAGGCGUUGGCAAUGGAUUCUGAGGUCAAGAAGGUUGAUAGAGAUGGUGGGAGCUUGUUUGGUUGUAAUAUAUGCCUGGACACAGCGAGGGAGCCUGUCUUGACUUGUUGUGGGCACUUGUUUUGUUGGGCAUGCUUUUAUCAGGUGUCGUAUAUUGACUCAACUUCCAAAGAAUGUCCGGUUUGUAAGGGAGAGGUAUCUGAUAGUACUGUCAUUCCUAUUUAUGGCAAUGGAAACAAUGAUGGCAUGUUGGAGUUGGAGUUGGAGUCUGGUUUGAAGAUACCUCCAAGGCCAAAAGCGCGUAGAGUUGAGAGUGUUAGGCAGCAGAACAUAACUCGUACGGUGUCUCAGAUUCCAGUUGCAGAAGCGCUUAGGCGAAUUAGGAUUAGCAUUGGUUCAAUGGGGGAUCAAACACGGGAACUGGGUGGUGUUGGUAAUUUGAGUUUUCAGUCUGAUACUUUGGAGAUGCAAAAUGCAGAGAUUGCAGUCAGUCAACGCCUGAGGAACCAACAACACUCACAAGUGUUAUCAGAAAGAGCUUCUUUGAGUAAUGUGGAUCGGUUAGUUGGAGAUGUUGAAACUCUUCUUGGAAACAGGCUUUCGCGACUCGACAAUCAGCUUUUAUCUUUCAAUGGUAGAAAUUUUGCUUCUAUACAGUCAGACCGCCAGCCUUCAGAUUCCAGAGGAGAGAUCAAUAUGGUUUUGCCCAUUCCCGUGUCUCCUCAAAUGGGUGACAUCCCUGGUGAUGUUAUAGAUACCCUAUCGACGAUGACUGAUAGUAGGAAUAGCCUGGCUGCGUCCCCUACUUCUGCAUAUCUCCGAAGACGAAGGAUCGCUUCAAGGCUUUACGAUGUAGAUGAUCGGGAUUCCCGUGAAUCAAGAAGGAGAAGAUUGAGCUGA